GCUGAAAUUCUGCGGAGCCGGAGUGGGAUCCCUCUGUAAAGCACGCAGUGGUUUGCAGAGCGAUAGCAGCAGACAGAGCUCCCUGCCCUGGAUAAGGAACAGCUACAGUCGCUGUAAAUGUGCCUGAAAAGCAAUUUCCAAUCUUUGCAUUAGGGAUUCCGGCCCUGGAGCCGCAAGGUCGGAGGACUGGGAGUGAGCGCUGCCCGGGAGAGGCUGACCUGCCAGCACCGGAGUUCCCGGGGACGCCGUGCCCCCACCUGCCCAGCGUGCGGGACCGGGAAAGUGCCUCAGCGUGUGCGGGGGACAAGGGACGACGCCGGCCCUGAGAAGGACCCCCAAACCUCGCUCCCUUCAUAAGCCCCCCCCCACCAAAGCUGGUUAAGAAAAAAAAAUCCCCACUACCCCCCGACCCGGCAGCGGCGGCCUCGGCCUCGCAGGCACGUGCUCCGGGGUCCCACCGGGACCUGCGCCGCUCCCUGACCCGCCCGACGACGCCGGUUCGAGCCCCGUCCCGGGCGCCGCGCAGUCUCGAACGCCCGUGACGUGGAUCUUCACUCGUCCAGAGGCCGCCACCCCUUCCUUCCUUCCCCGCGAGGAGUGAGUGAUCUGAACUCGGGAAGCACGCUCUUCUGAGCACACCGUGCCAGUCAGCGGGCCGGUCACCUCGCUUCUCUCCGCCGCGCCCCUGCUCGCUCUUCUGAGAGACGCCAAGAGCCCUCCCGAGAGGAUUCUUUUUUAAAACGGUUCUUGGACGGGGGCUGCCGGAGAAAAGCCCCAGAGGUGGAUGUCCCUGAGCCGCCCGGCGAACGCGAGCUGUGAGGGAUCGUUGCCGCGCAAAGCGGAGUCGCGGGAGAGUUGCCCUCCGCAGCCGGAAGGGGGCCGCGGGGAGCGCUCCUGCCCGGCGGCGGCGGGGGCGGGGGAGGCCGCGGGCCGACUCGCCGCAGCUCCCGCGAUGCCUCCUCGUCCUCCCCGCCGCGGUUGAUGCGGCGAGUGCACGCCGCCGCCCGCCGCGGACCUGGGCCGGGUCGCACGGCUCGGCCCCCCGCCCCCGCUUCGGCCUAGGAUUUCAGAUGCAUGCCAGGUUUCCACUGAUUGCCAGAAUUCGUGAUCACUACACAUGGAUCCCCAAAAUCAACAUGGCAGUGGCAGUUCGUUAGUUGUGAUCCAGCAGCCUUCUUUGGAUAGCCGUCAGAGAUCAGACUAUGAGAGAGAGGUUCAGCCUGCUGCUAUUUUGUCCUUAGACCAGAUCAAGGCCAUCAGAGGCAGCAAUGAAUACACAGAAGGGCCUUCAGUGGUGAAAAGACCUGCUCCUCGGACAGCACCAAGACAAGAAAAGCACGAAAGGACUCAUGAAAUCAUACCAAUUAAUGUGAAUAAUAACUAUGAGCAUAGACCUACAAGCCACCUGGGACAUGCAGGACUCCCAAAUAAUGCCAGGGGCCCCAUUUUGAGCAGAUCGACCAGCACUGGAAGUGCAGCCAGUUCUGGGAGCAACAGCAGUGCCUCUUCUGAGCAGGGGCUGUUAUUAAGGUCGCCACCAACCAGACCAGUCCCUGGUCAUAGGUCUGAAAGGGCAAUCCGGACUCAGCCCAAGCAACUGAUUGUGGAUGACUUGAAGGGUUCCUUGAAAGAGGACCUGACACAGCACAAGUUCAUUUGCGAACAGUGUGGGAAGUGCAAGUGUGGAGAAUGCACAGCUCCCAGGACUCUGCCAUCCUGUUUGGCCUGUAACCGGCAGUGCCUUUGCUCUGCCGAGAGCAUGGUGGAAUAUGGAACCUGCAUGUGCUUAGUCAAGGGCAUCUUCUACCACUGCUCCAAUGACGACGAAGGGGAUUCUUACUCGGAUAAUCCUUGCUCCUGUUCACAGUCCCACUGCUGCUCUAGAUACCUGUGUAUGGGAGCCAUGUCUUUAUUUUUACCUUGCUUACUCUGUUAUCCUCCUGCUAAGGGAUGCCUGAAGCUGUGCAGGGGCUGUUAUGACUGGAUCCAUCGCCCAGGGUGCAGAUGUAAGAACUCCAACACUGUCUAUUGUAAGCUGGAGAGCUGCCCCUCCCGGGGUCAGGGUAAACCAUCAUGAUUUUUGGAAGUGGAUGGCACCUCCUGAACUUACAGCUUUUAAGUUGUGGCUCUUAAAAAAGAUCCUAUUAGAUACUGGUUUUCUUUUCUUUAGAAUUUUUCCCCGUUUCCUACCUUCUCUUUCCCUGUUCUCAAGAGUUGACUCAUGGAUUUUAGUCUUCUCUCAUGGAUGAUCUUCAGUAAGAGUGGACUGUGAAACUGCACCUGGCUCCCACUUAUGGCAAAAGCCCCUGCCAUCCACUGGAGAAGAGGGUAUUAAGAGCCGGUGGGCUUUUGUGUAGCCUUUUUGUUCUGCAAGCAACUUUUCCAAAGUUGUAUAUGUGAAUAUACACCCACACCCAGACUAUGGUGAUUUAGAGCUGUUUUUGAUUGGGUACUGUGGGAGCAGGGAAGUUGGUUUUUAAAGAAACAACUGUUUAAUUGCUUAAAUAAGCUAUGUAUUAAAUCUAUUUCCAGUUAGGGCUAUUUUCCUAGCUUUGGACCCUUAAGUAGCAUGGGGGAUAUAUUUUUGUUAUAACAGAAAAUUUUCCUUUAACCACUGCUCUCUCCUUGUCUGUCCCUCAAAGUUCUCUUCCCUCAGUUUUGGCAUUAUCUUACCCUGGAGAUGCCAGGUGUUUCUUUUUUUUCUUUCUUUUUAUGUAAUUUUAGAUUCGCUUUACAAUGUACAUCUUCACAUUGGAGAUAUAUUGGUUGUAUCUUGCUCAUCUUUAGCUUUCAUAUUUGUGAAAGACUCAACCACCUUCCUUCCAUACCCCACGCUCUUCCACCAAAUUUUUGUUGUCGUUGAGGGCACUUGGAUAACUGAAGUUGAUAUUUAUAGCUGAUCAAUCUAUAGGUGUCACAGAACUAUGCUGCCUAAAGUGAUCUUGGCUCCUUAACGGUCCUUUUGGCCCCUUGCUUAGUUCACAGCUAAUUCUAAUCUUUUCUGUGUUUUCAUUGCCUUAACCACAAAUUGUGGUGCUUUUUGUAUAUUUUAUGUAUAAAUCACAAAGUUGAAUUCUGACUAUUUUUAAGACAAAAGUCUGUUAAACUUUUUUAUUGUAAAGAAUAUUUAUUAUGGGAAUCUCUAUUAUUUUAUGAUAUUUAUUGCAAAAGACUGUUGAAAUGUACUCAUGUCUGAAUAUAACAAAAUAUCAAUACUUAACAGAAAAUAAGGUGACACGAAAGUACAUAUGUUAACUAUAAUGCAGAAAAUAUAUUAAUUAUUGAAA